UCAUUCCCAGAAGGCAGGGCUUCCAAACCCUAUAAAAGAUCCCAAAUCUCCCCUCUGCAGCAUCCACUCCGCUCCCGCUGCUCCCUCGGCACCGGCUGGGUGAUCCCGUUUUCCCGCAGAGAUGUCUCUGAACCAGAUGCAAAUCAAGCAGGAGCUGCAGCUCCCCCCCGGGUUGGGUAAAACCGCCCCAAAACAGAGCCCGGAGCAUCCCCAAAUCCCGGUGCCCUCCCCCUGCCCCGAGCCGCUCCCGGCAGCGGCGAAAUUCCCGGAAAAGGCGAUCCCAGAACCGGGAAAAGGGGAAGCUGCCGUGCCCCAGGAGCAGCAAACCCAAUUCCCCCGGGAAUUGCCGACCCCCGAACCUGCUCCGCGCCUGGAAGAGAAAUCCUGCCCGGAACCGAAGCAGGAGGUCAAGGAGAUCCCGGUUCCCGUUCCCGUUCCCUGCGCCCAGGAGAAGCAGCAGCGCCAGGAAAUCCCGGUGUCCAUCCCGGAAAAACAGGAAUGCAAGGAAAUCCCGGUGUCCAUCCCGGAAAAACAGGAGCGCAAGGAAAUCCCGGUGUCCAUCCCAGAAAAACAGGAGCGCAAGGAAAUCCCGGUGUCCGUCCCAGAAAAACAGGAGCGCAAGGAAAUCCCGGUGUCCGUCCCAGAAAAACAGGAGCGCAAGGAAAUCCCGGUGUCCGUCCCUGACCCUGCCCCGUGCUCCCAAGAAAAGCAGGAAUGCAAGGAAAUCCCGGUGUCCAUCCCAGAAAAACAGGAAUGCAAGGACAGCCCUGUCCCCAUCCCGGUUUCCAUCCCUGAACCAGCCCCGUGUUCCCAGGAAAAGCAGGAAUUCCAGGAAAUCCCGGUGUCCAUCCCGGAAAAACAGGAAUGCAAGGACAGCCCUGUCCCCAUCCCAGUCCCAGAGCCCACCCCCUGUUCCCAGGAAAAGCAGGAAUUCCAGGAGAUCCCAGAGCACAUCCCAUCUUUCCAAGAAAAGCAGGAAUUCCAGGAGAUCUCAGAGCCCACCCCAUCUUUCCAGGAAAAGCAGGAAUUCCAGAUCUCAGAGCCCAUCCCCUGUUCUCAGGAAAAGCAGGAAUUCCAGGAGAUCUCAGAGCCCAUCCCGUGUUCCCAGGAAAAGCAGGAAUUCCAGGAGAUCUCAGAGCCCAUCCCGUGUUCCCAGGAAAAGCAGGAAUUCCAGGAGAUCCCGGAGCAGCGCUCCCUUCCCGAGAAAUUCCCUCCCCUGGAGCAGCAGCUGGAGCAGCCCGGCCCGUGGCAGAAAUAGAGGGAAAAUCCCGAUCCCGGGGAUUUUCUCCCCGAAUCCAGAGGUUUUUCCAAGCCUUUUUGUUGUUGUUGUGGUUGGUUUUUUUUAACCCCUGCAGAGCUUUUGUCAGGAAUUCCUUCCAGCCGCCCCUCCCGCUAACGCCUUGUCCUUUACUAACAGCAGGGAAUUCCCGUCGGGAAUGCUUUUCCAGCAGGGUUGUAGCUCCCCUUCCCAAAUUCCUGCCCUUUUCCCCCAAUCCCGCGGCUUUGGAAUGCCCAAAAAGCCCCCCCAGAAAAGAAUCAUGGAGCAAGUUAAUGAAUUAAAAAAACAAAAAGCCCCAAAUCCAGGGAAGAGCUCAUCCCCUUUUUCCUGCCUUUCCCCCCUGAUUCCAGCUCCCGCCUGGAAUUUGGGAAGUUUUUCCCUCCAAAGAAUCGGAUUUCGUGCGGAAUCUGCCGCCAAAACGCUCCAAACUUCCCCAGUCGGGAAUUAGCGCUGAAUAAAAAAUAAUCCUUUGGGACUGAGGGAGAAAAAAAAGAAGAUUUUUAGGAUAGGUCCGACUUGGGUGGAAUUAAAAAGAAUCCUUUGGGACUGAGGGGAGAAAAGGAAGAAUUUCAGGAUAAAUCCGAGCUCGCUCUCCCCUUGAAUUUCCUCGGAGGUGUCAAAGAACAGGUCAGGCCGUGAAUAUUCCGUAAUUACCCAAAUUUAUGGCUCAUUAACUCCACUCCAGACAUGUUUGGGAAGGGAUUAACCCCGGGCGUGGCGCAGACGGGAUAAAGGAGGAAUUCCAGCCGGGAAUGUUUCGCCACCCGUCGGGGUUUGGGACUUUGUCUCGUGAUUGUUUUCGGCUGCUGUUGGAUCCAGGAUUUAUUUCACUGUGAAAAUUCCACAAUAAAAGCGACUUUCAGUACCGA